GAAUUUGCAAUAUUGUGCUCUUCGAGGUGCUUCCGGUAUUUGCCAGACGUUGGGACACUGUAUCAGAGCUUUUAAGAUGGAUAACGCUCAUGUUUUAAUUCUGUUCGUCUUGUCGCUGUCCGUACUGACGGUUACGUGUCAGACGUACCACUACAGUCCUCCUGACUGGACGAAUAGGAAAAGAUCCAUGUCCAUGCUGGAGGAAAUAGUAAAUUUUGCCAACAAGAAUGCAGGCCAAUCGGAUAAUGUCCUUGUUAAUUGCGAGCUACAGAAGCUGAGAUUGCUGCUUCAAGGGAGUAUUAACAACCAACUGUUUCAGGUACCUUGUGAUCUGCUUACUUCUGGAAAAAAGAGCUUCUCUGAAAAUACAAUCAUCGAUCAUUUCCAUCGACAGCCUACUCCAGUUAAUAACAAUUACUAAUUAUUGAUGUUAUUCUUGUCGACGUAACAGCUUUAAUUAAUUCCGGAUUACACGUAUUAUCGAAUAAAG